UCUUGUGACACUUCACACUUUGAGAGCAAAGCUGGUUUCAUGCUUUUGAGGCAGAUUUUUCCUAUUUUUGGUAGAUUGUGGUUAGACUUUUGAGCUGGAGUUGGAGGUCAGAGGUCGACUGUAUGGUCAGAGUGUUAUUUAGGGUCAACAGCAGGACGUAUAUUGGAAAAUAUUUGUCAAUUAAGUUCUAAUGAGGCUGCAGGUAAUGGUAGGAUGUAAGCUUUGACACAACUUCCGGUAGUCACUUCUUUUGAGCAAGACAGAUAGCGCUUGUCCAGAACUUCUCUUCGACAGAUUGUGGUCAGAAGAAUCUGACAGUUCUUCUGCACAAAAAUACAGUGAUAAGGACUGAUCUCUCUGAGGAAAAGCCACCACUUGGGGCGACAACAUGUUUGCAGUACAGUUUGGAAUUUGCUGCAUUUUUCUGCUGUGUUGCAGUAACAAGAGUCAAGCCAAUGGUCUCCUCGUGGUCAACAACAGAACUUGCGUGGCACUGGCAAAUGAAACGCUCCACAUCCACAUCAGGGUCACUGUCCCCGCCAACAGCAGCAGAACCAAAGUUUCUUGCUCCAGAAACAGGCAAGAAGUUUGGAAGGAAUACGUUCACAAUACACAAUCUGUUGUUAAAGAUGAACAACUGUGGGCUAACAUCACCAUGCAUAACAGCUCAAGCUCUGGAGAAUACGUCUUCCAGUACCAAAAAGAGAGCCUCUACUGGGUGGCCCUUGUGCGAGAUGUAGGUUAUAUCGAGCCAGAUGAUUCUGUAGAGACUGAUAUCAUCGCUAUGGUGGUUGUCACAACUAUUUUACUCAUCUUCGGCAUCAUCGGAUCAGUUUACAUCUUCAAAUGGCACAAGGAUCAUCUCAAGUCAGAGGAGGGUGGAGAUGGAGUGAAAGUCAAAAACAAACAGAGCAAUGUAGGCAUGAGAGCUCAGGGUCUAAACUCUGAAUCAGUGUACACGGCACUUGAACCCAGGCCGGUCUCCAUUUAUGACGUGCUGAAUGUUGACCAAGUCAGAAGGAAAAGUACAAAGUGCACAUCAGAGGAAACGGCCAAGACGUCUCAGGUGGAGGAAGGAAUUUUUGAAUCUGUCUAUGAAAACCUGUGAUUAAAUACUAAUGCUUUGUAAAUACAGCUGGCAUGUCUGAAAGAGCUGUGUGUAAUCCUAUAAGCUUUAUAUAUACUUUUACAAGAAUUGUGUUUUUCUCACUAAAAAUUUAA